AUGUAUAGGGAUCUUAAUGCACUUUCCUAUUCAAAGAUUAAGGAUGAAAAGUAUGUUCGUUUCCUUCCAAACACUGCUCACUACAUGUUCAACACUGAUGUUCUUACUGUUCUUGGAACAUUCUACAUUUCCAGAUUGAAUAAUGCAAUUCUUCCAAAGUACAAUUUCUCUCAUGAAUAUGUGAAUGCAGGUGUUGUCAUUUAUGUUUCAGUUAGUAAUGGAAUUAAGCCAUCCAGUGUUAAAGUUUGGAACGCCACCAAUCCAUUUGCACACGAUUUCAGAACUUCCACCAUUGGAUCCAAUGUUUGGCAAAAUCAAACCUUAAUUGAAACUCAACCACUCGUGACUGGAAACGAAUCAGCUGAAUAA